AUGGUGGGAAAUGCUCAGCUGACUCUCUCUCCCUCCCUCCCUCUCUCUCUCUCUCUCUCUCUCUCUCUAUCUAUCUAUCUAUCUAUCUAUGCUGAUAUGACGCAAAACAAAAUCAACCAAAUCUAUCUAUGUAUCUAUCUAUCUCAGUCUGUUCAUUAUCUAUCUAUCUAUCUAUCUAUCUAUCUAUCUAUCUAUCUAUCUCAGUCUGUUCAUUAUCUAUCUAUCUAUCUAUCUAUCUCAGUCUGUUCAUUAUCUAUCUAUCUAUCUAUCUAUCUAUCUAUCUAUAGAAAUAAAACUCGAUAUCACCGGUACAUUGACGAAUGCAAGGUAAACAACGGCAAUUGUUCCCAUAUCUGCAAGAACACUGAAGGUUCCUCUCUCUGCAAAUGUCGACCUGGAUAUAAAUUAGCUGAUGAUAAAACCAGCUGCUUAGACAAGAACGAAUGUCUUGAAGAGAGCAAACUGUGUGACCAAAACUGUGUCAACUCUGUCGGUUCCUACCGGUGCACAUGCCAACGGGGCUAUUUCCUUUUGCCAGACAAGCGAACUUGCAAAGUAGUUAAUAUAGAAAUAUCUCUUUCUUUCUUUCGUCUCUCUCUCUCUCUCUCUCUCUCUCUUUCUUUCUUUCUUUCUCCAUCUCUGCCUUUUUAUUUCUAUCAAAACGUCUUUGACUUUAAAAUUAUUCUUUUGAAUUGA